AUGUGCAGAGAAGAGUAGACCCAUGUUUUUCUCAUAAAUUUCCUUCUCUCUCUCUCUCUCCCACUAGGACAUUGUAAAGGAAUGAAUUCAACAAUGCACAUCAUCUAUACGUCACAUCUCUCUCUCGCUCUUCUCCAUCAUGAUUCAUGAUUAUUGAUCUCACUAUAUAUAUUCCUUUCAUUCACUCACCAACUAACACUUUACGAUGCCACGCACCAAAUUAAAAGCAUGCAGUCAAGCUAGGUAGCUAGAUAGAUCCGACCAUGUGGCCUACAUUAGUGGUUAAUAAGAUUCUCAAGAAGAGGCUAGGAAGCACCAACUUUGUCGCUGAUUAUCAUCAUACUUAUGAGCAACCCUUGUUGUCCAUUCAUGAACAAUCCAUUCAUCAUCCAGAUUACGACAAGUACAACUACAAGGUUUUUGUUAGCACGUGGAACGUAGGUGGGGUUGCACCACACCAAGAUUUGAACUUGGAGGAUUUGUUGGACACAUGCAACAACUCCUGUGACAUCUAUGUACUAGGGUUUCAAGAAAUAGUGCCUCUGAAGGCAUCAAACGUUCUGGGAUCAGAGAACAGCGAGGUUUCUAGCAAAUGGAAUUCCUUAAUCAGGGAAGCUCUGAACAAGAAGACAGAAAAUGAUGAUGAGUGGAAAGGAGGCCCACAGGAAUUCCAGUGUAUCAUAAGCAAGCAAAUGGUUGGUGUCUUCAUAUCUGUGUGGACAAGGAAAGAUCUUCGCCCUUUCAUUCACCAUCCAAGUGUCUCUUGUAUUGGAUGUGGCAUCAUGGGCUGCUUAGGAAACAAGGGAUCGGUGUCAGUGAGAUUUCGGUUACAUGAAACAAGCUUCUGCUUUGUGUGCAGCCAUCUUGCAUCAGGGGGAAGAGAAGGAGAUGAGAAGCACAGAAACUCUAACGUUGCAGAAAUAUUUUCCCGGACAACUUUUCCCAAAGGCCCUUUGUUUGAUUUGCCAAGAAAGAUUCUUGAUCAUGACCAUGUAGUAUUGUUAGGAGAUCUAAAUUAUAGAAUUUCUCUACCAGAAGAAUCAACACGGUUACUUGUUGAAAAAGGAGACUGGGAUUCCUUAUUACAAAAUGAUCAGCUAAUGAUGGAGCUAGAGAACGGAAACAUGUUAAGAGGGUGGCAUGAAGGGCCAAUCAAAUUUGCUCCAACAUACAAGUAUUUUCCAAAUUCAGAUAUGUAUUAUGGAUGUUGUUAUCAUGGGAAAAAAGCAGAAAAGAAGAGAGCACCAGCAUGGUGUGACCGAAUAGUGUGGUAUGGAAAUGGUUUAAAGCAACUUGUGUACAAUAGAAGUGAGUCAAAACUAUCAGACCACAGGCCUGUGAAGGCAAUAUUCAUAGCACAAGUGAGGGUUUCAACAGAGCUAAGAAAUUUGCAAACCUUGUUUCUAUCAGAAAGAUUUGAACACAUUAAAACUCCUUUUGGAGUUUCUACAACCAAUGAUGAUUUUCUAUGUAAAAAACAACUGAGUUUCCGGUUGUGAAAUAAGAAUCAUUAUUAUAUUGUGAUUUUUGUACAAAAAUUCUAUUUUAUAUCUGAAGAUAACAUAUCAUAAGUUUUUUGCUGA